UUGAAAGACGCGAUCAUAAAUCCCCACCACUACAGCUACGUCCACAAUCCGGACAAGGUUUGCGUCAACGUGUCCGUCGACCUUCUAGUCGGCGUCGUCUCGGCGCCGAGUCACUUCGACCAGCGAACGAAGGGGAGACGACUCUGCCAAAGAGACCACGGGAUCGUUUGCGUUUUCGUAAUCGGUUCGGUGGCCGGAGAAGCCUUACAACGGCGACUGGACGAGGAGGCCCACGCCCAUGGCGAUGUGGUGCAAACGACGAUUGUCGACACCCCGAGGAACCUCAGCCUGAAGUCUGUCGCCCUGCUGAAGUGGGCCACGGCAAACUGCUCUCACAGCAAGUUUCUCCUGAAGAAAGAUGACGACGUCGGACUUGAACCGCUUACGAUUUUAAACUUGCUGCGUAACAAGUCGGCGCAAUAUAAGCACUUUAUAUUGGGCAACAGCAAGUAUCUUGUUGAAGGGCCAUUACGACAGAAUAUCUCCAAAUAUUACACGUCUUACUCGGAAUAUGGCCCCGAGUUUUUCCCAAUAUUUGCACACGGCCCGGCUUAUGGUUUCCCCAUAGCAACAGCAGACGUGCUGUAUAAGGUAUCCCUAAGAACAAAAUUAUUCUGGCUUGAAGACGUAUAUAUUACAGGGAUCUGUGCACAUAGGGCCAAUAUUCCAGUGUUUUUUGAAAGCCGUUUUGAAUAUAAGCAUAUCGGAUUUGACUAUGUAUGA